UUUGUAGCUGGUAGGAAAUGGGGAGAAGACUAUACUGAGCUCCUUCCUUCAAUAGAGACCUUGAGCUCUUGGUCCUGAUCUCCACUCAGAGGGGCAGAAGAUACUGAUGAGCUGACUACCGAGUCCCUUUCCAGAUGAGGCGCCCGGGAAGCCUGGGCUCUAUAGCCCUCCUCCUGGGGCUGGAGCUGGCCCUCUGUCGGGCCCAGGUGAAUACACAGUACUGCGGGGCCCAGGACCAAGUGGAGAAACUUCACUUUACCAGUCUGGGCAGAGGGCGCUGGCUGGAUCCUCAGGGCCGGCCCCCCGGCUCCCUGGCUCCCCUCUACCGAAUGGUGAGGGGCUUCCUGGAUGUGGUGCAGCUCAACCCCUUUCCAGAAGGGUUGGUUCGAGUGGCACUGAACGAACCCUCUUCCGUUCGGACCUCAGAUGUGGUCCGGUACGAGGCGGGUUACGUGGUGUGCGCGGUGAUUGCCCUACUCUUCCUCCUUAUCGUGCCCACUGUCGGGUUCUGCUUCUGCUGUUGCCGCUUCCGCCGGCGCUGUGGAGGUCGGGUCAAGGCUGAGCACAAGUCCAUGGCCUGUGAGAGGGGCAGCCUCAUGACCUUUCUGCUGCUCAUCACUCUUUUUCUCCUGACUGGUGUGGUCUGUGCUUUCAUUACCAACCAAAGGACCCACGACGAGGUGGGACCUGGUGUCCGGGCAGUGCCUUCGGUGCUGAACUCCCUGCAAGGUCUGGUCUCGGACAUUCCCCAGGAGCUGCAGGCAGUGGCUGAGCAGUUCUCCAUCCCCCAGACUCUGGUCUUAGAGGACCUGGAUGAUUUUGGUGUAAACAUUGGGAGCACCAUCCAUACCCAGCUCAGGGGGACCGUGUAUCCCAUGCUAACCUCCCUGCAGAGACUGGGCCAAGACUUGAAAGUUUCUUUGGACCACCUUCAGCGACUCAACUCCAGCACAGUUUACCUACAGAAUGGGCAAGAGCCCCUGGCUUUCUCUUUGCGGGAUCACAGGCACAAUCUUCUCUUCCUGCUCCAGAAUGUCCAAUGCCAAGGCUGUGCCAAUGCCCUGGAUCUUGCCAAGCUCUUGGAGCUGGGGGCCAAUUUCAGCCAGUUACCUGCUGUGACUGAUGUCCUCCAGAAGUUGCAGGGUGUCCCAGAGGCCAAUUUUUCCACCAUGGUGCUGAAGGAUAACAGCACAUUCAAUACUCUCCCAUUUCUAACAGCUCUGGAGACAACAGACACAGUUCAAGACUUGAAGGAGGAAAUGGCCAAGAUCCCUGAGGAAGUGAAGUCCCUGGCUAAGGGCUUCCCAGGCUCCGGUGCAGCUGACCGCUGGAGGCAGGCUCUUGCUCAGGCAGAGAACACUAGCAGACCUUACUUACAUGCCAUCCAGAAAUAUGAGAGAUACAGAUGGAUUGCAGGUUAUGUGCUGUCCUCAGUGAUCCUCUUGGUGGUCAUCUGUAACCUUCUGGGUCUCAGCCUGGGCCUCCUGGGGAUAUCUGCCCGAGAAGACUCCAGCCACAUGGAAAUCAAGGGCGAGGCCGGGGCCCAAUUUCUCAUGGCAGGUGUGGGCUUGAGCUUCCUUUUCUCCGGACCCUUCAUCCUCCUCAUCUUUGCCACUUUCCUCGUGGGGGGAAACAUCCAGACGCUGGUGUGCCGAAGCUGGGAGAGCCAGGAGCUGUACCAGUUUGCUGACACUCCAGGGAACCUACCCCCAUCCAUGAACCUGUCCCACCUCCUGGGUCUCAAGAAGGACAUCAGCAUCCUUUCUGCCUAUCAGCAGUGUAAGGAGGGUGUCCCUCUCUGGGAAGUCCUGCAGCUUAAUGGCUCCUAUGACCCAGAAAAGCAUCUGGACAUCAGUAAGUAUACAGUCCAAAUGCAGGAAGAACUGAGGAACUUUCAGGUGGAUAUGCAGAAUCUGGACCUGCUGACUGAAGCUGCUAAGAGAGAUCUGGAGGCCUUCCGUCACAGCGGGAUCGAGAAGAUCGACUACCCCAGCUUUGUUGCCCAGGUCCAGAAGCCAUUGGUGAAAAUUGACAUCUUGAAACUAAUCAAGGAAUUGGAGCAAUUGGGUCAAGCCCAGAGUAACCCUGACCUGGGGCAGCGGCUGACACAGGAGGCUUGGGCUCUACAGGCCCAUUAUGAGGAAAUGAUCAUCUUCAUGCAGACUCACAUGGUAAUGCUGAACCAAAGCGUCCAUGCCCUGUCAUCAUCUGCCUCGCGCCUCCAGCUGCUGGCUUCAGAAACUCUGGUCAAAGCGAACUCCCUGAAAACUGACUUACCUACUUGGAUCGAACAGAUCUUCAAGAAUGAAAGCGAGUGCUUCCUGAAUCGAGAAACAGCAUACUUCACCCAAUACGUGGACUGGGCCAGACAGAUGGUCACUGAACACAUUGCUACCUGCCAACCCCUGUCUGAGGCACUGGACAAUGGCCGGGUGAUCCUGUGUGACCAUAUCGCGAAUCCCUGGAAUGCCUUCUGGUUCUGCCUGGCCUGGUGCACAUUCUUGCUCAUUCCCAGCAUCAUCUUCGCCAUCAAAACCACCAAGCACUUCCGACCCAUCAGGAAACGCUUAAGCUCCACCAGCUCUGAGGAGACCCAGCUUUUUCACAUCCCCAGAGUCACGUCACUGAAACUGUAGGAUCCAGGCUUCUGGGAGAGCCUGGAUUUUUGCCCAGACUACCCUCGCCUGCCCGCUGCCAGAGGGUGAGGCCCAGGCUGCUGAUCUCCGAGGGGAGGACUCCUAAGUCACCGGCCAAGAAGCUGUCAGCUUUGGGCUGCCAAGAUAAACCUUUACCUGCUCCCUCAGUUUUGCUGCAAGCGCUUCCUAGGAAAGGGACCUGGCCGGGGGGUGAGGGGUGCUUCCUCCAAGGCUGCUCAGGAGCCAAAGGGACUUGGUGGGCUUCCCAUGGGACUCAGGACCUUUGGCUCUGUUCUGGUUUUCCUCCUUUUCUCUCCCUUCUUCCCGGCCCCCUCGUUCCUCUCUUUCCCUUUCUCCUCCCUGUGCCCACCUUGGGGUGACUGUGUACAUCUGGAAUAUAGAGGAGGGUAGUGGGUGCACCUCUGAACCAUUAAAGUGUUUCCACUUUC